AUGCGCUACGUUCUAAAGGACAGUGGUUCUAUACAACACAAACUGGGGACGUCUGACAACAUCUUAGUCACUUUACUGUAUACUUGUCAUCUAGAUAAUAUGGAACACGACGGCACAAACGUCAAUAUGAACGAACAAGUACAGCAACAAGAAACAACAAGAGCGACUAGAGAGUGCCCGAAAGAUCGAGACAUUUUAAGGAGUAGAGGCUUGAUGGUUGGAGAAAGCCUUGGUUACGGAUCGUAUUCCAAAGUGAAGUUUGCAAUCGAGACGAAGACAAUGAGAAAGAUUGCUGUUAAGAUUAUUGAUCGUCGGAAAGCACCGCGCGACUUCCUUCAAAAUUUCCUACCAAGGGAACUUGAUAUUUUGCCAAACCUGAAACACGAAGGUAUUAUACUGACGUAUGGUUAUUUUGAAGAAAAUAACAAAAUCUUUAUAACCCAAGAGUUGGCCGAGAACGGUGAUAUGUUGACAUAUAUUCGAGGCGCUGGUUCAGCACUACCAGAAAGAUUGGCCAAGCAGUGGAUCCUAGAGAUGACAGAAGCACUGGACUACCUCAACAAGCAAUGCCUGGUACACAGAGAUUUGAAAUGUGAAAACAUACUACUUGAUUCUAACAUGCAUGUGAAAAUCGGCGAUUUUGGGUUUGCCCGAAAAAUUGGAGAGCACGAACUUAGCAAGACAUACUGUGGAUCAGCGGCUUAUGCGGCGCCUGAAAUUCUGCAAUCACUGCCAUACAGCCCGGCAAAGUCCGAUAUAUGGGCACUAGGAGUUAUAAUGUACAUUCUAACGUGCGGUGAAAUGCCUUUUGGCGACGACUCCAUGAAUGUCUCUAAAAUUCUGCAUCGACAAAUGGAUGGAAUUCGAUUCCCACUUUUGCGAAGGAUUACCCCAGAGUGUAGAAAACUUAUAGAAGCAAUGUUAACAAUCGAUCCCGAUAAACGUAUCAAUUUGGAAGGUGUGUUGGCAAGUGCAUGGUUAAACCCACCUGAUAAUAAAACACCCAAUUAA